CUGAUUUCCUCUGAAAUUAAAUAAAUAAUAAAGAUCAACGUCAUCCAGAGAAGAAGGGGUCAAGCCCUCCCCCUUUCUAUGGCUCCUUUAUCAACAGUGUUUCUCUUUCUAAGGGUCGACAGAAGCUCCACAAUGGUCCGAGCACAUAUCAGUGUGACAACAAUACGGAAGCUCAUAGAGAUGAAGAUACCAUCCAUCAGUGUACACAGGAACCUGGCAUGUUUGCAUCGCACUGUGGGUGGAGUUCGGUGGAAGAGCAGUUUUAGACAAGCCCCCCUACUGACCGCUGCUCCCGUUCGUGCCCUCGUAGAUGAACAGAUCAGCAUUAAAGGACGUUUUCUGCCCCCACACUGUCCUGUCACAGUGUGUGCACAAAUGCACAGUGAGGAUGGAGACCUGUGGGAGGCAUUCGCACAUUAUAAAACAAAUGCAGAUGGCACUCUCAACUUGACCAGGGAUCAUUCAGUCGGAGGUUCAUAUUCAGGCUGUGAGCCGAUGGGACUGUUCUGGGGACUGCAGCCAGCUCCUGGUGCAAGAGAAGGUUUGAGGCUGAGGAAGAAAAACGUAGAGACUCCGUUCGUCAUGCACGUGUCCUUACUGGAGGGCCACGUUUCACCCAGUGAAAGACAGAGCACUGAGCUUGCUGCAGUAACUACUGAGCGCUGGUACAUGGCACCGGGCGUACAGAGAAUAGAUAUUAGGCAGGAUGGAGUUGUAGGGACGUUGUUUUUACCACCCGGCCCAGGCCCAUUUCCAGCCAUGUUGGACCUGUGGGGAAUGGGUGGAGGACUGGUGGAGUACCGCUCCGCCCUGUUUGCUUCCAGAGGCUAUGCUAGCUUGUCCCUUGCCUACAUAGGGCACAGAGAUUUGCCCGGCCCACAAAACCGCAUCAAUGUUGGUGAUUCAUAUUUCAAGUCAGCAUUCCACCUUCUUAAAGAUCAUCAUCAGGUCUGCGCCGACAGAAUUGGGAUCAUCGGUCUCUCCUUUGGAGUCUACCUGACUCUUCGAAUUGCCACUCAGACCGGUGUCAAACCAUCCUGUUUGAUUUGUAUCAAUGGCCCCAUAGGAAGUACCACCAAGUUGUCAGAUGCAGAUGGCAAGACAGAAGAUUUUGAAAGUGAACAGAAAUAUUGGACGUUUGAUGAUCAAGGGCACGUCAGUUUCAGAGAUGUCUCCUUGCCUGCUAACCUUUCCUCUGAGAGCAAAGUGAAGAUUGAGCGACUCGCCUGUCCAGUAACAUACAUAGUGGGUGAAGAUGACCUGAGCUGUUCCAGCAUAGAGAAUGCAAACCUGAUUGAGGAGACCCUGAGGGCUGCAGGUAAAUCCCAGCUGUUCACCCGUCUGUCGUACCCGGGUGCUGGUCACCUGAUUGAACCGCCAUACACACCCAAUUCAAGAACGUCCCUGUGGAGCGUCAAACCAAAAAAACGGACAACUCUGUGGGGAGGUCAUCUCACUCCCCACGCUGCUGCCCAGGAAGAUGCCUGGAAGAAGAUCCUGGGUUUUAUGGAAAGUAAUCUAAGAGGGGGAAUCUAUGGUGAAUAAAAAUCGUGAGAUAGAAAACGGCUCCUCAUAAAUAUGACUGUGAAAUGCUGCCUUUAUCGGAGAAAAAUUUACUAGCAGAGAAUCCAGGGAGACAAAGAAAUGUGUUGUUUCUGGACGUAAAGGACCUCCUAGAAGCGGUGUGUAAUUCAUAUGUAGCAGGCUGCAGCUCUCCCCCAGGGAGAGCUGAUUGGUCACUGUCAGAACGGUCCUUAACCUGCCAUGAACACCACCAGAAGGGAAGAAAAGUCAUUUUAGCAGCAGUUUAGACUCAUAGAUGUUAUAUCACCGUUAUUUGUCUUGCCUCUAGAUAGGACACAUUACAUGUCUACAUCUGCAGGAGUAAAUUGUUGCUGCUGUCCUGCCACAAGGUGGCCCAGCUCAGACUGUUUAUUCAGAGAUACAAGAUAUUGGCUACAUUCAGUAUCACUGU